AGAAUAAUAAUAAUUAUAAAGAGAAAGACUUGAUUCCUCACUGAAAGAUUUGAGGUACAUGUACAUGACGAUUGUGCCUGUUUGGCUUGCCACUGGAUGUAAGCCCUCUUCUUUUUCCGUGCAACAUCACCUUGCCAAGUCCAGCAAAGUAAUAGUUUCGUUUGCAGAAUUUAGAAUUUCAUCCCGAAAGGUUCUCCUUUUAUAUUUUCUCUGUUGAACUUAUCUAUUCUGCGACCUUAGCCGUUCACCUGCUGCUGGCCAGACCUUGUGGGUAUUUCGUUUUGGAGUAGACGGAUUACGUCGAGGAACAGACGAGCAAUGCCAGUGUGAUGCUCGCUAGUGUACAGUAAAGCCAAUAAUGUCCUGGCUGUCUGUGAGAGCAGAACUAAACUAUGGAGCUUGAAAAUGUAUGGAGUACCCCGUGGAAAACCUCUGUUCAAGCAAGAUAGUCGCCCUGAAGAUGUGAAGCAGCCGUCCUCUGUUCCUGGCCCAGCCGUGGAUGCGUCCAACGCUGUCAAGGAACAGCCCGUGUUGCGUAUCAACACCAAGCGAAAGAACCCAUUCUCGCCAAAAUGUCCGCCCAAGCGCUUGCAGCUGUCCGCGGACGUUACUCUUACGCAGAUGGAAAUGGAGGGUUGCUUAGCAACGGGCCUCAUCUCUCCCGAUGCUGAUGUCAGUUUGCUACUAUCUUUGUCAGGUGGUCCGUCGUCGAGUACAUCGCCAACAGUGACUAGCACCGAGAGUAUUGCUACUGCCUCUGCUACUGGGCAUGCUACUGGGCAUGCUACUACUACUAGGCAUGCUACUGGGCAUGGUACGGGUGAUCGGAGUCAGCUGCUGUCCAGUACUGGACAAUGGGACACUGACUAUCAAGCAUCUUACUCUGUACUAUCAGCGUCUGACGCACAGAGCGAUAUGGGAGCAAGCAGCAGCCCCGCGAAGGAACGGCGUUGUGGUGGCGAGGAGACCUGCGAAAACCUGAAUACCAGCACUCUGCUACUGUCCACGCUGUCGCAUGCCGGUCAUCAUGGCUUUACUGCUGUGGAUACAGCACCAGUGUCGGACUCAGGUGCUGACUCGCAUACACACGAUGACGAAAGCCAGGCAUGGGUGUCUGAAAGCUGCAGAGCGUCAUCACCUGUGCUGUUCGAGAGCGAGGACAGCACCGAGCCUCCUGCAGAACUUCAGGAGGGCAUAUGCCCGGAAGAAGGCGACGUCUCUCUUUCCAGCAGCGUGCUAAUGGGUAUGCUGAAUGAAGCAGCGGCCGAGAUUGAGGAAAGUGAUGCCACCGGUCUCUUGCCACGGUAUAGUGUCUGUGGAUCUGUGGGUCUGCAGUCGAGCGAGCACAGUCAAGAAGACUGUACGCUUAUAGCUGCUGACCAGAGCAACACCAUGAGUGCCUCUGCCACUAUCAUGAGCAGCACUGUACAUUGUCAGACUAGUGCCAUUGAUGCUACUAACCAAGCCGGUGUGAAGUUUGCCGAUGCCGCCGUUGGGUCCUGUAAUAGCAACACUGGCUUCUUUGGCCUGUCGCCGAAAGUCUUGCAGCUGCUCAAGUCUAUACGCGGCAUUGAUACACUGUAUGACUGGCAGACUGAAUGCCUUCAAACUGCACUUUCUGGUCGUCGUAACAACUGGAUUUUCUCCAUGCCGACAAGUGGCGGCAAAACACUGGUGGCGGAGGUGUUAAUGUUCACCGAGCUGCUGAUCAAUCGCAAGGACACGCUGUUCAUUGUGCCGUUCGUCUCUAUUGUCCAGGAGAAAGUACGCAGUCUUGUGCCAUUCGCUGCGGAACUAGAUUUUCUGGUGGAGGAAUACGCUGCCAGUCAGGGGCGCAUACCACCGAGGAAGCGGCGCAAGAAGCAGACCAUGUACAUUGCUACCAUUGAGAAGGCUAAUGCCGUCAUCACCUCUCUUCUCGAAGCUGGUCGAUUGUCGUCGCUCGGCCUGGUGGUGGUUGACGAGUUGCACAUGCUUGGCGAGGGAGGAAGUCGCGGUGCAACUCUGGAGUCUUCUCUUUCUCUGCUCAUCCAUGCUUCUCCUGAAACGUGGCUGGUUGGAAUGAGUGCUACACUGAGUAACAUCCACCAGUUGCAGACGUUUCUCUCUGCGCAGUUGUUCACCAGCGACUUCCGUCCGGUGAAACUUGAGGAGCAUGUGAUGCUAAGGGACGAGAUCUUCCAAGUACAGGGCUCCGGUCCAGACGUGGAGUUGAUAUCAGUACGCAAACUCAAUGCCAGGGACCGCAAGCUUACCGACGUGACAAUGGAUCCGGACUGUCUGGUCUCUCUCGUUCUGGAGGCAAUCCUGGACGAGAACAAACAGCCCAGUCACUCUUGUCUUAUCUUCUGCGCGACAAAGAAGAGCUGUCAGAACGUCGCAGCUAUGCUGGCUAAUGUCCUGAGGAAUCGUCACAAGUCUAUCCUUGCUUACAAGUCAUCACAGAGGCGUGCGGUUCUGAAAACCCUACGCAACGAAUCAGCCGGCGAGUGCUGUCCCGUUCUGACGUCCACCGUACCCGCCGGUGUAGCGUAUCACCAUAGUGGACUAACGGCGGAUGAGCGCAAGGUCAUCGAAGAAGCAUUCAGCAGUGACCUAUUGUGUGUACUCUGCUCAACCACAACACUUGCUGCGGGUGUUAACUUGCCGGCCCGAAGGGUGAUCUUGCGUUGUCCGCUGGUGGGGCGUUCCUUUCUCUCCCUCAGUCAGUACAAGCAGAUGGUGGGUCGUGCUGGUAGGGCUGGCCUAGACACCACUGGUAACAGUAUUCUCAUUCUGCAGGACAAGCAAGCUCAGCAGAUGCUGUCCGUCCUGCAAGGUCCGUUUGCCAGUUGCGAGAGCAGCUUGCUGAGUGAUGGUGGAAAGUCCUUCCGGCGCUUUCUUCUCUCCCUUAUCGGAUUGAAGGUUGCUGUAUCAGAUGAGGAUAUCCAGGAUGUCAUCGGUAAAACACUAUGGCACGUACAGUGUGCUUCGGAAUGUGACUUCCAGGCCGAGAUCACCGGUAACCUGCAGCUACUGCUGAAGAGUGGUUUCAUCCGGCGGCGGCCGCAGCCCAGCGACGGUGCUGCUGCUGCUGCUGCAUCUGCCUCGGUGGUGCUCGGCAGCACUGACGGCGCCUCUCAAUCCCAGAGCCUGAUGGCGAGUAGUGCUACUCUGUCAUUACCUGCUAGCAGCAGCUGUCUUGGUCCCAACACACGCUACUACUACCGGGCAACGACGCUAGGCAUGGCUACUAUGAAGGGCUCACUGGAUGUCAGUGUGGCACCGAUUGCAUACCGUGACAUGCUGCGUUCACUGCGUACCAUCAGCCUAUCCACAGAUCUACAUCUGCUGUACCUGGUGACGCCGGUGUCUGAGACAGUCAACUUGGAGCCCGACUGGAUGGUUUUUCUCCGAGAAGUGAGUAAGUUACAGACAGAAGAAGCUCACGUCGCAUCUAUCCUGGGUAUAUCGGAUGCCUGCCUUACUCAGCGAGCGACCGGACGAUCCAAUGCUGGAAUGUCCGCUGCCCAGGAGAUGGUGUACCGUAGGUUCUACCUAACACUUCUGCUGCAUCACUUGCUGAAAGAGCGCAGCGUCUGGGACGUGGCAGCCAUGUUCUCGUGUUCGCGAGGUUUCGUUCAGAACUUGAUGUCCUCGGCGGCAUCCUUUGCAUCCUGCCUCCUACACUUCACAGAGGGCCUGAAAGAGCUGCGCUACGUUCACAUCCUCUUGCCAGACAUCGUGCGACGCCUGUCGUUUGCUGUGCGUGCUGAGCUCAUUCCACUGAUGGAGAUUCCAGGAAUACGUCAGGGCCGCGCUCGCCAGCUGCACUCUGCCGGCUUCAAGACUAUGCAGGAUGUAGCACGCUCCUCUGUCUCUAACCUGCUGGCCAAGCUGGCUCCGAUUGGCAAAAAGCAAGUGACACAGAUCCUAUCUGCUGCCAAGAUCGCCCUUCAAGAGAAAGUUGAGAGUCUCCGAGAAGAAGCCGACGAUCUGCUGGCCGCUAGCCAGGCUAGCACUUCAAGUGAAUGAUUGCCAUACGUCACAAAUCCCCAACCUGCCUCUCUCUCCCUCUCUCUCCCUCUCCCUCCCUCCCCCUCUCUCUCUCCUCUCUCUCUCUCUCUCUCUCUCUCUCUCUCUCUCUCUCUCUCUCUCUCUCUCUCUCUCUCUCUCUCUCUCUCUCUCUCUUCGGUAUACUUAACAUAUUCAACCCACAGUGUUAAAAAAUAUUUCAUAAAAUUAUUCCUAUUGUCAUCCGUUCUCACAAAAUACACUAGUCCAAUCUAGACAGAUGUUGAUAUAAUUAAUUUUGUCAAGCUGAUAGUUUUGAUAAUAAUUGAAGUAUAUCGGGGAUGGGAAGCUCAGUGUUAUUCUAUCACUUUCCAUUCUUGGCCACCAAGAAAAGGAAGUCUACCCAUUGAAAUUAUCAUACUGCUCUGGAAGGGAAUAUGGGGUUGAGAAACCCAUCAUACUA